AUCUCAAGGGCACAGUUAUCACAUGUACCGAAGCGACACUGACUUUAAUCCAGUGUGUCACUGUAAUUAGGUCUAUAAGUGUGUAAAAAAGACAGUUUCGGUUCAGAUUUCUCUUCGGGCUCCUCGUCUGGUAAAAUGGACACUGGCACUAUAAUGGAGCAGGUCAAAGUUCAGAUUGCUGUUGCAAAUGCGCAAGAGCUGCUGCAGAGAAUGACUGAUAAAUGCUUCAAGAAGUGCAUUGGCAAGCCAGGAAGCACAUUGGACAACUCUGAACAGAAAUGCAUUGCCAUGUGUAUGGACCGAUAUAUGGACGCAUGGAACACGGUCUCCCGCGCAUAUAAUUCCAGAUUACAGAGGGAAAGGGCACGUAUUUGAUGUGCAGAUGGCAGUCGGUACUACCUCAGUCCUCAGGUAGAGAUGUCUAGUCUCUGAAUACACGACAGGUGUAUAGACUUGGCUCUCUUACCACACAACAACAGCUGAUGGCUACAGAAGGAACCAGGUGGUUGGAUUUAGACUCUACAUGGACAUUUUUCAUUACAUUUUGUGUGUUAAAAUGAUUAUAUAAUACAUAAAAUAGCUGUUUAAUAAUUGACAAAUUCAGAUUAAGGGAUUGAUAAUUGUAGUAGCAACUCUUGUGCUUAUAAUGAUGGCUGGAAUUGGGAUAACAAAAGAAUGGGUCUGGAUUUUAGCUCCACUUUCCUGUUCGGAGGUUUCACUAUGUUUAAAAACAAUGCUAAAAUUCAGAUUCUUCACCUUUUGCCGUUAUCCAUUUAUCAAACAGCCAAUCAAAAUUCAGCAUACCGUCUGUCUGUCUUUUGUCAUUGGGUGGAUGUUACUCCAUUCCCUGAGGGAAGGGCUCACUUUACCAACUCUGUUCCACAAACCUAGUUCUUCUCCCAGAGGGGGAGAAUUCAGGGGCGCCUUUGUUGCAAUAAUUGUCGCUUCUUCACCAGGAGCAGCCAAACAGUCCUUCUUACUUACAUCUGAAGAACAAACCGCAAUUGUCAACCCUGGAGUGUCAUUUGUCUCAUUGUCUCAUAAGUACAGUAGUAGGGUUGUUUAACUGCAAGCCUUUGUAGUUCAAUUUGUGUACACUAGUCAAUAUUUCCCAUUUCCAUUGCUUCCGAGUCUUGGAAAGAUUUGGACAGAGACACAAACUCCACCAAGGUAUGUCCAGACAGAUGUUGUGUAAUUGUCACCAAGCUGUUUUUAUGAAAUGCAAAUAAAUAACACCAAAUUAGUCCAUUUUUAUUGAUGUUUAUUCUUUCAUUGGUUAACAGAUGUAGCACCAUUUGUACAAAUUAGGCCUGAAAUUCACUAAGAAAGUAAAUGAACGUACGUGUUGCAUUCCCAGCAUUUCCACAGGGGGCGCUAUAGCAUGCAUUUCUGAACUGUCUUCUUGUAUAGCCUGGUCAAGUAUUGUCAUGGUGGAGCAACGGUUUGAAAAGAAUCUUGUUUAGGCCCUGUCCCAAAUUGCACCCUAAACCCUCGCGGUCUUCCUCUGAGUCCGCACUUUC